AUGGCGGACUCCCAGCUGAUCUGCCUGGACGACACGCACGUGAACGAGAAGGUGACCGAGGCCCAGGCCAGGUUCUACUACAGCGAGGGGCAGCGCCGGGCGCUGCAGGAGCUGGUCGCCAAAGGCGAGCCGGGCUACCGGGAGCAGCUGCAGAAGGGGCAGCUGCGGGACUUCCUCUCCAGCCGCGAGCUGCGAGCCCUGCCGGACGACUGGCGCCGCUACGAUGCGCACCUGGAGGGCGGUGGGGCCGGCGGCGAAGGCGUCUCGCUGGCCUACUGGCCGGAGUGCUCGGACACGGAGGUGCCGCCGCUGGACUUGGGCUGGACGGACAAGAACUUUUACCGGGGCAUCAGCCGGGUGAGUCUCUUCACCCACCCCAGGAAGGAGGAGAACGCGCCGCACCUCAAACAGGUCAUUCGGGAGCUGAUCCAGCAGGCACAGAGGAUCAUUGCCGUGGUAAUGGAUCUGUUUACAGACCGGGACAUCUUCCAGGAUAUUGUGGACGCAGCAUACAAGCGCCGGAUCCCAGUCUAUAUAAUCCUAGAUGAGGAGGGUGUGAAGUUCUUCCUGGAGAUGUGCAAGUGUAUGAAUCUCAAUAGCUUCCAGAUCCAGAACAUUCGUGUACGUUUUGUGACGGGAGUUGGGUUCUAUAUGCCAUCAGGGAAGAUCAAAGGCAUCUUGGCCUCCCGGUUCCUGAUGGUGGAUGGUGAACAAGUGGCCACUGGGUCCUACAGUUUCACUUGGAGCUCAUCCCACAUCGACAGAAACAUCCUCCUGUUGUUGACGGGACAGAAUGUGGAGAUGUUUGACAUAGAGUUUCGUGAGCUCUACGCCAUCUCCGAGGAGGUCAAUCUCUACAAGGAGCUGAACAUUGCUAGCCCUUUUCAUUCAGGAGCUGGGAUAUCGGAGUUUCGCUCCUCCACUGUGUCUCGUAAGGUGAUCAACCCCAAGUAUGGUCUGGUGACAGGGGCUGCCCCUGGUGAAAUGUUCUGGGCUUCGCGCCAGAGGCAGGAGGCACAGGAGAAACUGGAAAAGAAUGAGGAGGAAAGUGAGUCAAAGAAGCGGCUGAAUCAGUUUCUGAAUGACUUGAUCACGGUGGAGCAGGUGCUACCAGAAAUUCUGCCACCUCUCGAGAACUUGGGGAGAGUGAACCGGAGUCCCCAGAGAUUGUUCUCCUUCUUCCAUCGGGAUCCGAAACGUAAAUCCAAAUCCAGGGAGUCCAUUCGUGACACCAAGAAGGAUGAGGAGACUGGCAGUUCUGUUGCCAACGGGGAAGCCAACUCCAAGCAGGGUAAGAGGUUUGGCAGCGAGUUUUUCAGCAGGAAAGCUAAACGGCCCCCAGUCAUGAACACUGAGGCCAAUUCUUUUGCCAGUGGGGGAAUCUCAGGCGAAGAGUUUGAGAUUGUGAAGACGACAGGUGAGGACCUGAUCAGCUUCAGCCCUGUCAGCAUUCGGAGUAGUGCGGGCACCUCAGGUAAACCUCCUCCACCACGGUUCCCCUGGGCUCCCCCAGUCCAGGAAUGUAAGGGCAGCUCCAACCAUUUCUUUUCCUCUCUGCCUUAA